CGUGACUGUAUCUUUGCAGGCAAGUAUCUUGAGCGCCCGUUGCUUCCGGGAGGCUUGUCCAAAAUGCUAGGUUCUGGCAGCGGGCAGCUGGCGCCAGCCUUGGCGCGGUGCAUCUCGACCAGCACUUCCGCUGCAAAUGCCGCUCCGGCCUUGGCUUCUAGUGGCUUGCUCACUUCUAUUUUUGGUAUUGGAGGAAGCCGUGUCGAUGUACCCCUCAGCGAGAGGCUACCAGCAGUGACGGAGCCGCCCCGCAGCUCUGCUCCCGCAACAAAGCCUACGCUGCAGACUUCCAGCCUCUCAUCAGGCGUUAAAGUUGCCACGAUCGAAACUGUGAGCCCUGUUUCGUCCCUAGUUUUGUUUGUUGAGGGUGGCUCUAGCGCGGAGACGCCCUCGACAGCGGGCGCCAGCAAGGUCCUGGAGAUUGCCGCUUUCAAGGCUACCACCAACCGUUCCACCUUCCGGCUAACCCGCGAGCUGGAGAAGAUUGGGGCCACAGCUUACUGCCGCGCGGGUCGCGAACAUGUUGCUUUUGGGGUCGAUGCCGUGCGGGUCAACACGCGCGAGGCGCUUGAGAUUCUUACGGACGCGGUCCUGAACGCGCGCUACCCCUAUUGGGAAGUUCGUGACAGCUUGGACACGCUGAAGGAGCAGCUUGCGUUGCAGCUGAAGAACCCUGUUUCAACCGUCACUGAGGUGCUGCACCGCGCGGCCUUUGACGGUGGCCUGGGGAACAGCCUGGUCGUCGACCCCUCCCUUGUGGACGGGUUCAACAACGAGACUCUGAAGGAGUACCUCGCCGGCAUCCUUUCGCCCUCGCGUGUGCUGCUCGCUGGCGUGGGUGUUGACCACACCGACAUUACCCAGCUGGCUGGGCCGCUGGUCAACCUGCCCAACUCCUCUGGCGCUAUCCCCGGUGCCUCCAAGUAUGUGGGCGGCUCCAUGAACAUUAUCGCGCCCACCGCACCCCUCACCUACGUCGGCCUGGGUUUUGAGGCUCGUGGCGGCGUCACGGACGUCAAGUCCACGGCCACAGCGGCGGUCGUCAAGGCGCUCCUUGAUGUUGCGCGCCCUACGCUGCCCCACGACCGUCGUGAGCACGAGGUCUUCGCCUCCGUGUCACCCUUUGCGCACGUGUACAAGGGCACAGGCCUUGUGGGGCUAAUCGCCUCGGGUGCGCCGGCUAAGGCGGGUGCCCUUGUGGAUGCGGUCACAACUAAGGUACAUUCCGUGGCCAAGGGCGUUAGCGACGGCCAGCUGGCACAAGCUAAGGCAAUGGCGCUGGGCGAGCUGCGUGCUACCACAGCCACCACGGCGGGCCUGGCUGCGGCUGUAGGUUCGUCGGUGCUGGCAACUGGCAAAUUUAGCGCCGCCGAGGUGGCGGCGGCGCUGCAGGGCCUGACGGCGGCUGAAGUGAGCGGUUACGUCAGCGCGCUGAUCAAGAGCACGCCGACGUUUGUCUCGUACGGCAACCUGUCAAGCCUACCGCGCGUGGAGUCUAUUGCCAAACGCUUUGCGUAAAAGAUAAGGAGGCUGCAGGCGAUGGGCGAAACGGUCCAGGCCCUUACAGAUGGAGCCAGUGUUAGGACGUGGAGGCUGCGUUGGAUUGGGCUGCUGAAGGAAAAUGACAGUAAGGAGCAGCGGAGAGAUCGAAUGGUCACGAAGGGAUUGAAUGGGUGCAGAGGCUGCGGUAACUCGGCCCUGUGGUCUCGCAUUCCCACGAGGCUUACCUGUACAAGCAAGAACCCACAAUAUGGGAGUAACAAAGCUCUGGGACUGUGCUGCGGUUUUAGGCUGAUUCAAAUGUCGCUUAGGCGGUUGGCCGUGCUGGCAGAGGUGAAGCGGCUGUCCUCGGAGCCGCAGGAAAGGGUUGCUGCAAUGGAGGAAAGUGCAGAUGCAGCGGUGUGCGCUAGCUGCCGCUGCAACUCCUGCCAGGCUUGACAACAUAGAAUGUGAUGGUGCGGUAGUAUGGAGGCUUGAUUGCUUAUUUCCUGCAGGGCAAUGGCGUGCGCAGCUGACGAUAAAGUGGUGUCUUUGUCAGCUGCUUUGGGGCUGUUGUUGUCAUCACACAGUUGAACCUCCAGCUCUUCCAGCUGUGUUUGAGAUUUUAUCCACGAUGGGAUUAUUAGUAUGCUGUGAAUGGGCUGGGCGUCCAGGGACAUUCGGGGCCUUUGUGUAUUUGACGAAGUAUAGCAAGAGUGAACCGUCCAUUUUAGGUUCCAGUAGCCAUUUGAACCAUUUCCGUGUAUGGUGCGUGCAGCCAGGAGCUAUUAAGCGAACCAAUUUCUUUUACUCGCCUAGCUUGACACGACGUGGCUCAGGCAAAGUUACAGCCGCACGAUGAUGAUACAGGGGCAAUACAGCCGUCGUGCACAUAACUACAGGAUACUC